GUGUUAGUUUUGGCUGGAGGGUCCCAGGAUAAUAGGUUCCCUAUUCUGGAAGGGGAAGUCUUGGAAUGACCUCUUUACGGAGGUGCUUUUGCGGCAGGUACCUCUCGCUGCAUUGGUCAUUGUUUGCUUUCUCGUCUUCUUCAGAGAAGACCUGUGUGGCACACUGUUUCCCCAGAGCCCAGAUCUCUAGGGUGCAGCCAGUGAGAAGCUCAAUUCACGAAGAAGAAGUAACUCUUAAACUUAACCCAGAAUUUGAACAAGCAUAUAACUUUGAACCCAUGGAUGUGGAAUUUACAUAUAACCGGACCACGAGCAGACGGUGUCACUUUGCGCUUGAACACGUCAUCCACUUAGGUGUUAAAGUGUUGUUUCCAGAAGAAAUCAUUUUACAGUCUCCCCAAGUGACGGUAAACUGGAACGACGUACAAGACACCAAACGUGAUGGCCAGCCCACCAGCAAGAAUUGGAAAUCCACGAAGGACCAAAGUAAACACGCAGCAAAGGAGAGGCAAGCUGGUGCCCAGGACGCACUGUGGCUGGCAGCCUUUGCCAGAAAGCCAGGUAACCCGGUAAAUGAAGCCCAGAUCCCCAAGGCGAGAGAAAAGGAAUUUUUCAAUCCCGUGCUCAAUGAAAACCAGAAGUUAGCGGUUCGAAGAAUUCUCAGUGGCGACUGCCGCCCGCUCCCGUACAUUCUGUUUGGGCCUCCUGGAACCGGGAAGACAGUGACAAUCAUAGAGGCUGUUUUACAGGUGCACCGCGCUCUGCCGGACAGUCGCAUAUUGGUGUGUGCGCCCUCCAACAGUGCAGCCGACCUCGUGUGUCUGCGACUACAUGAGAGCCAGGUGCUGCGGCCGGGCGCCAUGGUGCGGGUGAAUGCCACCUGCAGGUUCGAGGAGAUGAUCGUUGAUGCUAUCAAAGCGUAUUGCAAAGAUGGAGAAGACAUCUGGAAGGCCUCGCGCUUCAGGAUAAUAAUCACAACGUGCAGCAGUGCGGGGCUCUUUUACCAAAUAGGAGUGAGAGUCGGACAUUUCACACACGUGUUUGUGGACGAAGCAGGACAGGCCAGUGAGCCGGAAUGCCUUAUUCCUCUGGGGCUGGUCUCAGACGCCAAUGGCCAGAUUGUCCUUGCCGGAGACCCCAUGCAGCUCGGCCCGGUUAUCAAGUCCAGACUCGCCAUGGCCUACGGGCUGAAUGUGUCUAUGCUGGAAAGACUGAUGUCUCGGCCGGUGUAUAUGAGGGACGAAGACGCUUUCGGUGCCUGUGGCGCCUACAACCCCUUGUUGGUGACAAAGCUCGUGAACAACUACAGAUCCCACCCAGCUCUGCUGGCACUGCCAUCCAGGCUGUUCUACCACAGAGAGCUCGAAGUGUGCGCAGACCCCAAGGUGGUGACCUCCCUGCUGGGCUGGGAGAAGUUACCGAAGAAAGGCUUCCCGCUCAUAUUCCACGGCGUGAGGGGCAGCGAAGCUCGUGAAGGCAGGAGCCCGUCCUGGUUCAACGCGGCCGAAGCCGUCCAGGUCAUGCGCUACUGCUGCCUCCUGGCCAGGGGCAUCUCCAGCCAGGUGUCUGCAAGCGAUAUUGGUGUGAUCACACCCUACCGGAAGCAGGUGGAAAAAAUCAAAAUUCUUUUGCGAAAUGUUGAUCUGAUGGACAUAAAGGUUGGAUCAGUAGAGGAGUUUCAAGGGCAAGAAUAUUUGGUCAUCAUCAUCUCCACCGUGCGGUCAAAUGAAGACAGGUUUGAAGACGAUAGAUAUUUUUUGGGUUUCUUGUCCAACUCAAAAAGAUUUAAUGUUGCAGUCACCAGACCCAAAGCCUUGCUGAUUGUGCUGGGAAACCCUCACGUGCUGGUCAAAGACCCCUGUUUUGGUGCAUUACUGGAAUACAGCAUUACGAACGGUGUCUACACGGGGUGCGAUCUACCUCCCGAACUGCAGUCACUGCCGGACUGUGGCUAGACAUGCGCCCCCAGGACCGGAUCCACAGCCACAGUUGGUAAGGCAGGGCUGCUGGGCCUGGUGCCAUACCACAGGGAGCUGCUGUCCCCGUCUCUGUGCUGGGGCCCCUGCAGCCUGCCUUGUACCCUAGCCUUGGCCGUGAGCGCAGGGGCCACGGGGUCCGAUGGAACCUGCUAUUCCCACACCAGCCCAUUCCCGCCACUGAACGGUUACUACAACCCAUCACCAAAAUAAACGUGCACAUGGGACACCUGG